ACUGGCUAGCGGGUAGUGGUUGUGGGGAGUUGGCAGUGAGGUAGGUUGGCUGGCUUUGACGAAAUUGACCGAUGGCGGGACAAUCCCCAGCCAGAGCUUCAACUUUUUUCCAUUCCUGUUGUGGGGCAGUUAAAUUGGCUUGGCAGGAAAUUAUUCCUUGUACAUACGAUUCCUACGAAAUCACCGACAGAAAUCCUGUAACAAAUUACAAAUUCAACAAAGUUUCUAAAUGCCACCUGGACCCAGAGGGCGUGACAGAGGUGGAGGGGGGUUCAGAGGAAGAGGAGGAAACCGAAGAGUCAAAGGCGGUAGAGGCGGUAGAGGCGGUAGAGGUGGUCGAGGCGGAAGAGAUCAAGGAAGAACCUCAAUGAGAACUGAGAAUCGACCAAAGGAAAUUACUCAAACCGAGGAGCCCGAUUCUAAUUCCGAAACCUCCGAGGAUCUCGAACUGCGCAAUGGAGAAGAUUCUGAAGACUUGGGUAGUAGCGACCCUGAAUCGGAAUCGGAAGAUGAUGCUGCAGCAGCAAAACCUUAUAACCUCCUACUCCAAUCUCUAGUCGCGAGCAAUGAGUUUAACCGACACAAUCCUAAACGCCAAAAACUUGAUUUCACACAAGACCAGGAGGAUGGGGUCAUCUUGUUAGACGGUAAGGAUAUGGCAGAUGAGCCUAAGCAGGAGGGAGAGCCCGAAGAAGAGAUCGUGGAUGUGGGCUCAGACAACGAGGAUCAAUCAGACCCAUUUGAAUCACACUUUACAAGUCCCUCCCCCGCUCUACUGGCUUCCAUCUCCUCUGCUUCAAAGGGUGAAUGGAAGGAUACUAAGUUACCUAAUUCCGGACUACCUGGAAAUGUCUACUUAUCCACUCCCAGAGGCCCGAAACAAACUACUGGUGGAAGAAGGAUCGAAAGCAUAAAAGACCUAAACCUGAAGAAGAGGCUGGUCGCUGAGGAGCUGACGCCGCUACAAAAGUCAUUAGGGCAGCUUGUCUUCGAUUAUGUGGAUGUUUUAUAUGGUGAACGAACACUAGGCAAUGCUGAAGAAUUACGGAGGAUGUAUUCUUUACAUGCGUUGAAUCAUGUCUUAAAGACCCGAGACCGAGUCCUAAAGAACAAUGCCCACCUAGCAAAAGCUACAGAUAAGGAAAUAGAGCUCAGAGAUCAAGGCUUCACAAGGCCCAAAGUCCUUUUCAUACUGCCAACACGAAACGCUUGCGUGGAAGUAAUAAAUGCACUAGUUGACAUUCUACAGCCAGAGCAACAAGAAAACAAAAAACGCUUUCAAAAUACAUACUACUCACCCCUAGAUACUGAGCGGAUUAGCCCCAAUAAGCCUGAAGACUUCCGCGCCCUCUUUAGCGGAAACCAUGAUGACCUCUUCAGGUUAGGCUUAAAAUUAACUCGGAAAACUCUAAAGUAUUUUAGUCAAUUCUACAACUCCGAUAUAAUUCUCGCAUCGCCGCUUGGGCUGCGUAUGGCCAUCGGUGAUGAAUCUGACAAAAGGCGCGACUACGAUUUCCUCUCUAGCAUAGAAUUAGUGGUGGUGGAUCAGGCCGACGCACUGCUAAUGCAAAAUUGGGAUCACCUAGAGCAUAUUUUUAAACACCUUAAUUUGAUACCCAAAGACCCGCACGGCUGUGACUUUGGGCGUGUGCGGCAAUGGUAUUUAGAUACUAAUGCAAAAUACUUCAGGCAGACGUUGGUAUUCGGCGGGUUUGUGACACCAGAGAUAAUGAAGUUGUUUAAUCAUAAUAUGUUAAAUGUUGCCGGGAAGGUGAAAACUCAAGCGGAGUAUAUAGGGUCCAUGAUUGAUUUGGGGGUUCAAAUAUUCACAAGAAUAGACCCCCCAACCCCAGCUGCAGACCCAGAUACUCGUUUCGACUACUUCACAAAGGCAAUCCUACCCUCCCUCCUCCGAAACACCUCCACAAGCACAUUGAUCUUCAUACCGAGUUAUUUUGACUUCGUUCGAAUGCGGAACUACCUCUCCAACGCCCCCAUACCCAUCGGCGCUAUAUCGGAAGAAACCCCUGUCUCCUCCGUCGCGCGCGCGCGGUCACAUUUCUUCACGGGCCGUCACUCGGUUCUACUCUAUAGCGAGAGAGCGCACCAUUUCCGGCGCUACGACAUCCGCGGGGUCACGAGCGUGGUAUUCUACGGACUGCCGGAUAACCCCCUUUUCUACCGCGAGGUUGCGGGUGGCUUUAUAGGGCGGAGCGUUGGUGAAGGGAGAGCCAAGGAGCAGCCGAAGGUGCGUGUGAUAUUCUCCAGGUGGGAUGCUAUGAAACUGGAGAGAAUUGUUGGUAGCAAGAGGGUUAGGGUUAUGUGUAUGGACAAGGGUGACACGUUUGAGUUUGUCUGA